AUGGCGCUCAGCAUCCGGGAGGCGGACGCGAAGCGUCUGCUGUGGACUCCCUUGCCUGCCUCAGUUUCCGCAUCGGAAGUCGCCCAAACGCCCCUUUCGGGUUUGCUGAACGGCAACGCGCCCUUCGGGACUUCAGCGAAAACGACCCCUUCCGCGUCGGGGUCGUUCCUCCAAGGUGUCUGCGUGGCUGUUGAUACCACUACGGACUUGGACGAACUGCCAAGUGCUCAUCCGUGGCUUCUUACAUCGCGUUUGACUGUCAAGCCGGAUGUUUUGCUUAAGAGACGAGGCAAGAGCGGCCUCGUGAAACUGAAUCUGUCGUGGGAAGAAGCGCAAAAGGAGUUGAAGCAGUUGAUGGGGACGUCGUUCACCACACAGGGACUUACAGGUGAGCUCGACCACUUCAUUGUCGAACCGUUUUUCCCACACGACGAGUCGACGAACGAGUUCUACGUGGCGGUCCGCACGUUGCGAAGCGGAGACGAGGUCCUUUUCUCGCACCGAGGGGGCGUGAAUGUCGGGAACGUGGAUGAGCACGCAAACCGGGUCCUCGUGCCAAUCGAAAACAGGGCGAGGAAACAAAGCACGGAAGAAGCAGCGACGGGUGCACAAAGCGGCCAAACGACGAGAGAUUUGAAUGGCAUCGUGCAGCCCGCCCCAAAUGCUGGAGUUUUUGCUGCGCGUUCCGAGCCCUCUACCUCCGGCAUGGCUGCCACCAAGGACGCAAAGAAUGAGGGCAUGAAUGGCUCAGCGGAGAAUGCCACGCCCAGGCGACAGGCACAAUGGGAGAAGGGGCAGAGAGAUGGCAGCGAGUGUCACUACACGCAGGAAGAACUGGAAAGACUCUUUGCCACGCUCGUCGUCGAUGUUGCGGCUGAGGAAGUGAGGAACGCGCUGCCCCGCUUCCUUGCAGAGCUGUACAGACAGUUCUGCGAGAUGCACUUUUCCUUCUUGGAAAUCAACCCCUUCUGCUUCGAUGCAUCGACACAGACGUUUGCGAUUCUCGACUGCGCCGCCAAACUUGACCACACAGCCGACUUUAUCUGUGACAAGAAAUGGGGCGACGUCAGCUUUCCAAGCCCGUUCGGCAGGCGCUUCACGGAGGAGGAAAGAUAUGUCCGGGAGCUGGACUCGAAGACCGGCGCGAGUCUGAAGUUGACGGUACUGAACCCCAAAGGGCGCAUUUGGACGCUGAUUGCAGGCGGGGGGGCCUCCGUGGUGUAUGCGGACACCAUCUGCGACUUGGGCUUGGGUCAUGAACUGUGUAACUACGGCGAGUACUCGGGCGCGCCGUCGGAAGUCACGACGUACGAGUACACCAAGACGAUUCUCGGCAUGAUGACUGCGCCAGACUCGUAUCGCCAAGAGGGCAAGGUCCUGCUGAUUGGCGGAGGCAUCGCGAACUUCACCAACGUCGCCGACACGUUCCGAGGCAUCAUUCGCGCGUUGCGUGAAUUCCGCGAGCAACUGCGCGCCUUCAAAGUGCGCAUCUACGUCCGCCGCGGCGGCCCGAACUACCAGGAGGGCUUGAAGCGCAUGCGCGAAGUCGGCGAAGAGCUGAACAUCCCCGUGAAGGUCUUUGGACCCGAGACGUACAUGACUUCCAUUAUCCCUUUCGCGUUGCAGGACGAUGCCGGCUCCGGUGCGGAUGCGAGUGGUUUGGGAGAGAACGGCCAGACAGGCGGCCCAAGCCAGGCUAACGGCGUGGUUGCAUGCACGCCGGCGACCAUGAACGACAUGAUCGGCGACCUCGCGACCCACCACGGGUGGGAUAUCAGCUUGUCGUCUGACUCAGGCGCACCUGGAAACACGCCGGCUGGAUCUAGCCGAGCGGUGCAUUCGAUGGCCGAAGCGACGUCCGUGGGGAUUUCGCCUGUGACGCCGUCGGCUGACGGGCGGGAUGCGUUCUUUGCGCACGGCGGGCAGCUGAGCACGUGGCACGAAAUGACGAUGGAGGAAGUGGAGAAGAACCCGCACUUUGAAAAGUACAUUCAGGCCUUCUUGGCUCAGCAGAAGGCGACGAGCGCACGCUCGCCAGAGGGCAGCGCGACGCCGGAGAAGACCGCGUCGUCAGAGUCGCUCUCUGGGCUGCUGAACGCUCUGCAACGGCCCAACCUUUUCACAAACGAGACCCGGUGCUUCGUCUGGGGGCUGCAGUCGCGCGCGGUGCAGGAGAUGCUGGACUUCGACCACGCCUGCGGCCGGAAGAAGCCGUCGGUGGCGGCGAUCAUCUACGAGUUCGCUGUUUCCCACUCGCGGUCGUUUUACUUUGGCACCGAAGAAGUGUUUCUGCCCGUCUACCAGUCUCUGCAGGAGGCAGUCGACCGCCAUCACGACGUCUCUGUUCUUGUCAACUUUGCGUCGAUGCGGUCGGCCGCCUCGGUCACGCGCCUCGCGCUCGACGUGGCGCCGCAGCUGCGCACGAUUGUAGUCAUCGCCGAGGGCGUUCCUGAGCGCGUAGCCCGUCAGCUGGCGACUGAGACGCACGAGCGGGGAGUCUGCCUUAUCGGCCCCGCAACUGUGGGCGGGAUCAAAAGCGGCGCUUUUCGCAUUGGAAACACUGGCGGGACGCUGGAGAACGUGAUGAACGCGCGUCUGUACAGACCCGGGAGCGUCGGCUGCGUGACUAAGUCGGGAGGCAUGCUGAACGAAAUGAACAACAUCCUGUCCAUCGUCAGCGACGGCACGUAUGAGGCCAUCGCCAUCGGCGGCGACCGAUUCCCUGGAACGUCGAUGCUGGACCAUCUGCUUCGCUUCGAGAAAAAUCCAGACAUCAAGCUGCUGGUGCUGCUAGGAGAAGUCGGCGGGGGCAUGGAGUACGAGGUGAUUGAAGCCAUCAAGGACGGCCGCCUCACCAAGCCGCUGAUCGCGUGGUGCGUCGGGACCUGCGCCUCGCUCUUCUCCACGGAGGUUUCCUUCGGCCACGCCGGUGCGUGGGCGGGAAGUCAACGCGAACACGCGUCCGCAAAGAAUGCGGCUCUGAAGGCCGCCGGUGUCUUCGUGCCUUCGUCGUUCCACGAAUUCGGAAAGUCAAUCAGACAGGUGUAUGUACAGCUUGUCAAGCAGGGCGUGAUCACACCCCGGCGCGAGGUGCCCGUUCCGCGCAUCCCCAUGGACUACGCGUGGGCGAAGAAGCUCGGCUUGGUUCGCAAGCCGAAGGGUUUCGUCUCCACCAUUUCGGAUGAUCGCGGUGAGGAGCUCGUCUACGCAGGAUGGCCGAUUUCCAAGGUCCUGGGCGACCAGCUGGGCGUCGGCGGCGUGAUUUCGCUGCUCUGGUUCAAGCGGCCUCUGCCCGACUACUGCUACCGCUAUCUGGAGCGCGUUCUCAUGCUCACCGCAGACCACGGCCCGGCGGUGUGCGGCGCACAUAACGUCAUCGUCACGUCGCGCGCCGGAAAAGACUUGAUUAGCAGCUUGAUCUCGGGACUGUGUACAAUUGGCGAUCGCUUUGGGGGCGCGUGCGACCAGGCUGCGCAGCAGUUCCUCGGCGCAUUCACCAGGGGCACAACGCCUGCAGACUUUGUCGCAGAGAUGAAGCGACAGAACAAACUGAUCAUGGGCAUUGGCCACCGCGUGAAGUCCGUGCACAACCCUGACAUGCGCGUGCAGCUGCUGAAGACAUUUUGCAAGUCGAGCUUCCCCCAGACGCCACUGAUCGACUACGCCGAGCAGGUGGAGCAGGUCACGACGAAGAAGAAGGACACGUUGAUUCUCAACGUCGAUGGUUUGAUCGGCGUGAGCAUGUGCGACAUGCUCUUCCACUGCGGACACUUCACCGAGAACGAAGCAAAAGACUACAUCAACAACGGCUGCAUCAACGGACUCUUCGUCUUGGGCAGAUCUAUUGGAUUCAUCGGCCACUUCCUCGACCAGAAACGCCUCAAACAGGGCCUGUACAGACACGACGUCGACGACAUUGCCUACGUCCUACCUGACUGGAGCAGCGCCGACAAAAAAGCAUGA